AUGCCUCCGAUGACGCUCAAGGGCAAGUUUCGUGUUCAUCCUAGAAAAGAGAUGGGACCGUCGUAUCCUUUUAGAGCUUCUAACUCUUGGGUUCGGCAUUUCCAAAGAACUCACAAAGUUAAAGUUACUUUUCAAGGAAUUAAAAAUGAGGAAGAAGAAGAAGAUAAGGUAGAUAAUCAGUCGGAAAAUAAGGAUGAAAAAUCGACAGUACUUGAUCAGGAAGCUAUUAUGAAUGAAAAAAAUGAAGAAUUGGGAAAAGAAAAAGAAAAUUUUUUUUUAAAGUUAUUUCUUUCUCCGAAAAACAGGGCAGUCGAUCGCGAAGAAAAGGAUCAACAAGAAAUUCAAAAAGACGUUGAGAAAAAAAAUAGUAAAGAAAUAAAUGUAAAAAUUAUUGAAUUUUUAAAUCAGCCAAUUUUUAAGAAAAAUGUGGAACAUUUUGUGAAUGAAGACGAUAUAGAGACAAGAAGUCUAAUUACAGGUGAUAAAGUAUCUCCAUUUGGAAUAAUAGAAGAUAAAAAACAAGAAAAAAAACUUUCGGCUCAUGAAUCAAACAAAAGUUUGAUAAAAUUUUUGAGAAACCAGUGUGAUUUUUCUACUAUUUCAGAUAAUUCUACUAAAAAUGUUAAUGAUGAAAAACAAGUGAGUCUAGAUGUCGGCCUACAAACUUCAAAUGUAUUGACUCAAACAAAAAAAAUGAAUAAAGGCAAAAAAAUUAAUGAAACGCAAGUGGAAAUAAAAAAAGUUAUGACGGAAGAAAAUAAAGAAGUAAACGAAAAAAAAACAGAUGCAUUGUCCCAUCAAGAAAUUGGAACAAAAGAUUGUGAACAAGAUAAAAUAAAAAAUCGUGAUAAAGAAGACAAAAAAAUAUUAAAACUUCCGUGUCAGAAACAAGGUAGAGGUGAAAGUAUUUCUUCAGAAGAAAAAGUAAGUAGAAAAGUGGAAGACGAUUGGAUAGAAGAAGUAGUUGAAACAGCAAAAGAAGAUGGUGUAUAUUGGGAUUGGAAACUUGAUGUUCAUAAUCAAAUAAUGCAAAUUCUUGAUGACUUAGAAGAUGGAAAACUAGAAGAAGAAAUAGGCGAGAAAGAAUUAGAAAAUGAACAAACGGAAAAUAUAAAAAUGGAAGAUUUAGAAGAAGAGGGGACGAAAGUAAGUGAAUGCGAAAUUAGAGAAGUAAAUGCAAGAGAUGAAGAAGAAAAUUUAAAAGAAGAAAUAAAUGGAAAAAAAAAAUGCGAGGAAGAAAAAGAGAAAGAUGAAGUAGAUGAGAACAACGAUUCAAUUUCAUACAAUUUAUUAUGUGAUGAAACGAUGCAAGACUCUGAUUACAUGACAGAAGAAAAUUUUUCAAAAGAACAAGUCCAAGUAAAUGAAGAAAACUUAGCUACGAAUGGCGAAGAAAAAGAAAAAAAUGAAGAAGAAGUUGAGGCGGAAGAAGAUGAAGAUGAGGAUUUAUCUUCAUGUGGUUUAAUUAUAGACUUAGAUGUUUCAGAAAAUUCGAUUGUUAAUGAAACAGAUGAAGAAAAAGAAGCUGAGGAAGAAAAGGAAGUUCAAGGUAAAAAUGUAAAUCUAGCGGCAGUGGAAGUUUUUGCCGAUGAAAUAGAAGAGAUAGAGGAAAAAAUCAUGAUGAUUCAAUGUGAAGAAGAAAAAGAACAUGUAUCUAAAGAACAAGAAGUAGAACUAGGCGAAAAGGAUUUAAUGAUCAAUGCUGAAGAAAAUCAAGAAAACACAGGUGAAGAAGAAGAAGAUGAUGGAAAAGAAGAAGAGGAUGAAGAAAAUAUUAGAAACGAAGUGGAAAAUUUGGAUGCGAUGGAGAAUGAAGAAAAUGAAAUGGUUAUUGAAGAAGACGAAGUGGACAAUUUAGAAACUGAGAAAAAUGAAGAAGAAAUAGAAGAACAACAUUUAAAGGGAAAGAAGAAAACAUCGAAACUGGUAACUUUUGUUACUGAUAUCGAGAUCAUCAAUGCUCAGCAUUCACCAACAUAUUGUCCAUCUCUAGAAUUAUCAACUUUUAAACCAGUGAAUAAGCAUAUUAACAUGAAGGAAUAUGUGAAAAUACUAGAGUAUAAAUUGGUUUUUAGCAAAUGUAAACAAUUUAUAAAGGACCAGAAUAUUCGGCAGUAUUUCAAAAAACAACAAAUAAAAGAGUUCAAUCGUGCGAUUGAUAUUUUGAUCGAAAAAGCUACUUCUGAAGAUGAUUUAUUGGAUAAUCUGUUGAUGAAUAAGAACUGGGCGCCAUUUGGACGAAUGUUCUGUUCAGAAGAUAUUGCUUGGGUCUGCAAAGGUAAAAUUAUUUGCACCUUUUGCUAUAAAAAUGAUAAAGAUGAAUAUAAAAAUUAUUCCAAAAGUUUUAUCAAUCAUAAAUUGACGUCGAAUAAAAAAUUACGAGGUCGUAUUUGUGAUAAGUGUAAGGAAUCAACUGUCGAUUUUCGUCCAGCAGCAAAGUGUAUUGAAUGUAUUAUUCCAUUUUGGCGAGGUAAAUCUUUUUAUAAAUUACAUUUCUGCAAUGAAAUUGGUAAUCUUGAAAUGUCUUCAGAACAACUGUUACUUAUCAAUUCAAUUUUGACCAACAUGCAUGAUUUUGAGUAUUAA